CGUAAUUUCAGAUCUUUAUCUUCAAAACCCAAUCCCAAAAUCUCUGCUCUACUCUUCACGUAGCAUUUCUCCAGAAACCCCAAAUUCAACAAUGCUUCUUCAACCGUCUCUGCAUCACCAGAAGGCGUCACUUUCAUCAACGAUCUCCUACUCGCAACCCCUCCCAGGGAAAAAUCCGGAUUUUGCCCUUCGCCAAACAAUAAAUUUCCGGAAACUUCCAAUCACAUGCAAAAUCUCAAUCUCACAAGUGCACAACUAUGGAACUGUUGAUUAUGAGAGAAGACCAAUGAUGAACUGGAACUCUAUCUACCGAAAAAUCUCUUUGAUGGAAAAUCCUGGAUUGGGCGCUGGGACCGUCUUGAAUCAAAUUGAGAAAAACGGCAAGAAGUUAACUAAAUGGGAGCUUUGUAGGGUUGUUAAGGAACUGAGGAAGUUCAAGCGGUACAAGCAAGCUCUGGAGGUUUAUGAUUGGAUGAACAACAGAGAAGAGAGGUUUAGAGUAUCUGCUAGUGAUGCAGCAAUUCAAUUGGACCUUAUUGCUAAAGUGCGUGGAGUUUAUAGUGCUGAAGAUUUUUUUUUUAGGCUUCCAGAUUCUGUGAAGGAUAGGAGGAUAUAUGGAGCUUUGCUGAAUGCCUAUGUGAGAGCUAAAAUGAGAGAAAAGGCAGAAUGCUGGAUUGAUGACAUGAGAAAUAAAGGUUAUGCCAACCAAGCACUUCCAUUCAAUGUGAUGAUGACUCUAUACAUGAACCUCAAAGAAUAUGAUAAAGUUGAUAUGUUGAUUUCAGAAAUGGUGGAGAAAAACAUACGACUUGAUCUAUAUUCCUAUAACAUUUGGUUAUCGUCUCGUGGAUCCCAAGGAUCUGUAGAAAGGAUGGAAGAAGUGUUUCAGCAAAUGAAACUGGAUAAAAACGUUACUCCCAACUGGACAACAUUUAGCACAAUGGCUACAAUGUACAUCAAGAUGGGGCAGUUGGAAAAAGCUGAAGAUUCCCUGAGGAGGGUUGAGAGCAGAAUCACAGGUCGGGAUCGGAUGCCUUAUCACUAUCUCCUAAGUCUAUAUGGUAAUGUUGGUAAUAAAGAAGAGGUUUAUCGUGUAUGGAACAUUUACAAAUCAGUUUUUCCCAAUAUUCCAAAUUUGGGAUAUCAUGCUAUUAUAUCAUCUCUGAUUCGAGUGGGUGACAUUGAAGGGGCAGAGAAGACUUAUGAGGAAUGGCUGCCAAUUAAGACAUCCUAUGACCCUAGAAUAGGAAAUCUUCUUAUGAGUUGGUAUGUGAAAGAGGGAAAUUUUGACAAGGCUGAAAAUUUCUUUAACCAUAUGGCAGAUGCUGGGGGAAAGCCAAAUGCAAAUACGUGGGAGAUUCUUGCAGAUGGUCAAAUCAAAGAGAAGAGAGUUCCCGAGGCCUUGUCUUGCUUUAAGGAAGCUUUUAUUGCUGAAGGAGCGAGUAGUUGGAAACCGAAGCCUGUACUUGUCUCAGCGUUCUUUAACCUGUGUGAGGAAAAAGCUGACAUGGCAAGUAAGGGAGUUUUCGAGGAUUUAUUGAGGCAGUCAGGAUAUCUUGAAGAUGAAACAUAUGCAUCUCUUCUCAAAUUGUCUAUCACCAGCAGCAAUAAACUGUCAACUGAGAAUGAUAAUGAGGAGAAUGAAGUGCUUCUCAGCCAGAUGGAGGGCAGUCUUUGACAUGUUAUGGCUUCCUCGUGUAUAUGGGGAGAUUGUUGGUUUAGGCCUCACAUGCUGGGAAAAGUGUUUAAGCUCAAAUUUUCAAGGUAUUUUACUAUAUUUGCAUGGUCCAACUGGAAAAUUUUGUUCUCAGCCAGUGGUAGCCAGUAAUUUUCAGUUUUUCUGGUACAGCAACGUCGAGAGGCUUGUUACAACUCAUGUGCUUUUCUUCUUCAUAUUUGUACAUUGCUUUCCUCCUCUUUUUGGUAGUUUAUGGGGCCAAGUCCUACAUUUUUAUAGCAUAAAGUAAAUCUAUGAUUGAUUUUGUGUCUCACUAGAGGCAAAUUCUCACAAUUAAGCUAGAGCCAGCAUUCAACACGUGGAAAACAUUGUACUACUUGUUCCAUAAUUUGCAAAUAUGAAACUGGUAUGGAUUGUAGACCAUCUAAACUCGAUAAAUGGUUGGUGCUUCACUAAUAA